AUGGCUCAAAUCGAGCGUAUUACAGAGAACUUGGAGAGACCAGAGCUUGAUGAUCGUUCUUAUCGAGUCAUCCGUUUGCCAAACAAGCUAGAGGCCCUCCUAGUUCAUGACCCGGACACCGAUAAGGCCAGUGCUGCCGUGAAUGUCAAUGUUGGCAACUUCUCUGAUGAAGAUGAUAUGCCAGGAAUGGCUCAUGCCGUAGAGCAUUUGCUAUUUAUGGGCACAAAAAAGUACCCGAAGGAAAAUGCAUACAACCAGUACUUGGCGUCCCACUCUGGUUCAUCCAAUGCCUACACAGCCGCCACUGAAACGAACUACUUCUUUGAAGUGUCCGCCACAGGUGACUCCAGUGCCCCAAAAUCCAGUGGAGACAGCACCCCUGCCGAGACGAAUGAUAACAAUGGCGUGUCAAAUGGGAGUGCCUUAGAUGGGAAGUCGCCCCUCUACGGCGCAUUAGAUCGGUUUGCCCAGUUCUUUGUUGCCCCGCUUUUCCUAGAGUCAACCCUAGACCGGGAGUUGCAGGCGGUGGAUUCGGAAAAUAAAAAGAACCUUCAAAGUGACCUGUGGCGUUUGAUGCAACUUAACAAGUCGCUUUCAAACCCUAAACAUCCCUACAGCCACUUCUCGACUGGUAAUCUGCAGACCCUGAAAGAAGAUCCACAGAAACGUGGUCUGGAAGUCCGCAGUGAGUUCAUCCGCUUCUACGAGAAGCACUACUCGGCCAAUCGGGCGAAGUUGGUUGUCCUAGGACGAGAAUCUCUGGACACCCUGGAGCAGUGGGUCUCCGAGCUCUUUUCCGAUGUCGAGAACAAGAACCUGGCUAAGAACCGCUGGGACGGUGUUCAGCCCUUCACUGAGAAGGACAUGUGCACCCAGGUUUUUGUGAAGCCGGUUAUGGAUACUCGAUCCAUGGAUAUGUAUUUCCCCUUCCUUGAUGAGGAGGAGAUGCAUGAAACCCAGCCUAGCCGUUAUAUCAGCCAUCUGAUUGGCCAUGAGGGCCCGGGCAGUGUUCUUUCUUAUCUCAAGACCAAGGGGUGGGCCAAUGGUCUGUCUGCAGGCGCCAUGCCUGUCUGCGCUGGGUCUGCAUUUUUCACUAUCUCGGUGCGCUUGACCCCCGAAGGUCUAAAGAAAUACCAGGAAGUCGCAAACGUCGUCUUCGAGUAUAUUGCCAUGAUCAAGCAACGCGAGCCCGAGCAGUGGAUCUUCGACGAGAUGAAGAACCUUGCCGAGGUCAAUUUCCGGUUCAAGCAGAAGACCCCGGCUAGUCGCUUCACCAGCCGGUUGAGCAGCGUUAUGCAAAAGUCACUGCCUAACGAAUGGCUUCUGAGCGGGUCUUUAUUGCGACGAUUUGACUCUGACCUGAUCAAGAAGGCGCUCAGCUAUCUGCGGGCUGACAACUUCCGUCUGAUCGUUGUGUCCCAGGAGUUCCCGGGUACAUGGGAUCAGAAGGAGAAGUGGUAUGGUACCGAAUACAAGGUCGAGAAGAUUCCACAGGAGUUCUUGGGUGGUCUUCAGAAGGCUCUAGAGUCGACUGAGGCUACCCGUACUUCCAACGUGCACAUGCCUCACAAGAACGAAUUUGUACCGACUAGACUCUCGGUAGAAAAGAAGGAGGUUGCCGAGCCAGCUAUCAACCCUAAGCUGAUUCGCCAUGACGACCGGGUGCGUCUAUGGUUCAAGAAGGAUGACCGUUUCUGGGUGCCCAAGGCCAGUGUCGAGAUAACGCUCCGCAAUUCAUUGGUGUGGGCCACGCCUGGCAAUCUCAUCAAAACAAAGCUGUACAGCGAGUUGGUUCGGGAUUCGCUAGAUGAAUACUCCUACGACGCCGAGCUUGCUGGCUUAGACUACAAUCUCUCGGCGAACAUUUUGGGAUUGGACAUUUCCGUGAGCGGAUAUAACGACAAGAUGUCCGUUCUGUUGGACAAAGUACUCAACACUAUGCAUGGGCUAGUUGUCAACCAGGAUCGGUUCGAUAUUAUCAAAGAGCGCUUGGCGCGGGCAUUCCGCAAUGCUGAGUACCAGCAGCCUUACUACCAGGUCGGGGAUUAUACUCGCUAUCUUCUUGCCGAGCGCAGCUGGAUCAAUGAGCAGUAUCUUGAAGAGCUGGAGCAUGUUGAGUCCCAUGAUGUGGUCAACUUCUUCCCCCAGCUGCUUGAGCAGACCCACAUCGAAGUGCUGGCCCACGGAAACCUGUACAAGGAGGAUGCUCUGCGUAUGACCGACUCUAUUGAGAAGAUUCUGGGAGGCCGCCCUCUGCCUCCAUCGCAGUGGUACUUGCGCCGCAACAUGAUCUUGCCGCCCGGUGCCAACUAUGUCUACCCCCGGUCGCUCAAGGAUCCGGCCAACGUCAAUCACUGCAUUGAGUACUUCCUCUAUAUCGGGCUCUUCGCCGACGACGUCCUGCGAUCGAAGGUCCAGCUGUUCGCGCAGCUGACUGACGAACCUGCAUUCGACCAGCUGCGCAGCAAGGAACAGCUCGGAUAUGUGGUGUGGAGUGGCGCACGCUACAACGCCAUCACUAUGGGCUACCGGGUCAUUAUCCAGAGUGAGCGCACGGCACCUUAUCUGGAAUCGCGCAUUGAGAAUUUCCUCCGUGAGUUCGGUUCCAUCCUCGAGAAGAUGCCCGAAGAAGAAUUCGAGGGUUACAAGCGCAGCGUCGUGAACAAGCGCCUGGAGAAACUCAAGAACCUAGGCUCUGAGACUGGCCGGUACUGGUCGCAUAUCGGAUCUGAGCGCUUUGAUUUCCUUCAGCAUGAGACCGACGCAGCCAAUGUGCGCUCCUUGACCAAGGCGGAUCUCGUUACAUUCUACCAGCAAUACAUCGACCCCUCUUCGGCCACACGCGCCAAGCUCGCCAUCCACAUGAACGCCCAGGCAGGCGCGCAGGUUGAGGAGCCCAAACCAGCUGAACAGAGAACGCGCCUUAUCGAAGUAGCCACCAAGCACCUCGAAGCCGCAGACUUCAUCGUGGAUUCUGCCCGCUUCACUACGGCAUUCGAUUCGGUUGACGCGACAGCGGCGGACAAGUCCCAGGUUAUCUUUGCUGUGAAGAAUUUCUUGACCGAGACCGGCCUGUCGCAGCAGAAGUUCGAGCCUGUCCUUGAGACGCUGGACGAGAAACUCAGUGCUCAGUUAAAGGAGCUGGGUCUUGGCUCUGGCAGUGACAUUCAGGGUGCGGCUAAUGGCAAUGGCGAGGCCCAAAAGCCUGUCAUUAUCACCGAUGUGUCAACCUUCAAGGCAAGCUUGCCUGUUAGCGCUGGCCCUGUUCCUGCGAUGGAUUUGAGCGUGUAUGAGGAUUUUGAUGCCAAGCUAUGA